CCCGCGGCGGCCGGGACCGCGGGCGGCCGAGCGGGCGGAGCCUCCGCGCCAGCGGGCAGCUGCGGGAUGUCGCACCCGUCGCCUGCCUCCCGGCCCAGCAAGGCCAGCAACCCCCGCGCCUUCUUCGAUGUGGACAUCGGGGGCGAGCGAGAGUGAAGUUAUGUUAAUUGACUGUGAGGCUGAUGAGAACACAGGAGCAUCAACUGAUGGUGGCUGCUAGGAGUGAGAAGGCAGUUUGUGAAGGAAUGACAAUUCGGCACAGAAUCCAUUUAUCAGCUAUUACAAGAUCUGUUAGCUACUCAGUUGGACGUAUUGUCUUUGAAUUAUUUGCUGACAUCGUACCUAAAACUGCUGAGAAUUUCCGUGCGUUAUGUACAGGAGAAAAAGGAACAGGGCCUACCACUGGAAAACCUCUCCAUUAUAAAGGAUGUCCUUUCCACAGAAUUAUUAAGCAAUUUAUGGUUCAGGGUGGAGAUUUCUCAAACCAAAAUGGCACAGGUGGAGAAAGUAUAUAUGGUGAAAAAUUUGAAGAUGAAAACUUUCAUUAUCAGCAUGAUAAACCAGGUCUGCUGAGCAUGGCAAAUGCAGGACCUGGUACUAAUGGGUCUCAGUUCUUUAUUACAACGGUGCCUACUCCUCACCUGGAUGGGAAACAUGUGGUGUUUGGCCAAGUGAUCAAAGGAAUGGGCGUAGUUAAAAUACUAGAAAACGUUGAAGUAAAAGGAGAAAAUCCUGCUAAGUUGUGUGUCAUUGCUGAAUGUGGAGAGCUAAAGGAAGGAGAUGAUUGGGGAAUUACUCCCCUGGAUGGAUCUGGAGAUGCUCAUCCAGAUUUUCCUGAAGAUUCAGAUAUAGACUUAAAAGAUGUUGACAAGAUUGUGGCCAUAGCAGAAGACACAAAGAAUAUAGGAAAUACUUUCUUCAAAUCGCAAAAUUGGGCAAUGGCAGCUAAAAAGUAUAGUAAAAGUUUACGGUAUGUAGAAGCUUCUGAAGCAGUGGCAGAGGAGGCAGACAAACCCAAGUUAAAGACUGUUGCUUUGACCUGUGUUCUAAACAUUGGUGCUUGCAAACUAAAACUGUUGGAUUGGCAGGGAGCCAUUGAGAGCUGUUCAGAGGCUCUUAAAAUAGAUCCAGCAAAUACUAAAGCUCUCUACAGACGGGCUCAAGGAUGGCAGGGAAUAAAAGAUCUCGAUCAAGCACUGGCUGAUCUUAAAAAGGCUCAUGAAAUAGCCCCUGAAGACAAAGCUAUCCAGACGGAAACACUCAAAAUCAAGCAGAAGAUAAAAGCCCAAAAGGAGAAAGAGAAAGCAGCUUAUGCUAAAAUGUUUGCUUGAUUUUUUUUCCUAAACAUUUACAUCUAUGCACUAACUCAUGCAAAAGGAUAAAUGGAGCUGCUUCUUUCAUUUGCCCUCUGCUGCAGUUUUCAGUGUUUGUUUACAACACAAAAGUCUAAUAAUAAAGACAAACUGUUCAAAGGA